GCAUGUUUACCCUCUUGAGAUGUUUUUAUUACUUCGCAGUGGUCCGGCCAAACCUAGCCCCGAGCCGAGUCGGCAGUCCAGCUGCACUGCCACCGUGCAAAGCGCUGCUCUGCACUCUACUCUCGCGUAGUCUUCGUCGCGCUCACUCAUCUCCCCAUCCGACCUCGUCGCAAUCCAUCUCAUCUUCACCACCUCACUCUCAUACACUCUGCCUCUCCAUCACGGUCCACCUCUUACCGUUUGAGUCUCUCCCCUGAAUCUCCCGAUCUGUUACUAGAGUUCGUGCGUGUGCGAGAAGCUCAAUUGAUCGUUACUUUGCAUUGCCGUGCUUGACUUCCUCGAAAGCAUUGCCAGUUGCAGCGUAUGAAUGGUUGGAGUUGCAAUCGGAGUGCAGCGCGUGUGAUUGCAUAAGAUUCAUCGUAGGCAGUCAACCUGGGAUCACUGCGACUGGUGGUAAAGUUGCAGUGGGAUUUGACCUCUGGAUGUUGCUAUUCUGAGAGGUGAGAGAAGUAGAGAGGUAUUGUUUUUUGGAGGCUGUGGGGGCAGUUGUGGAGUUUUUGUGUUGGUUUCUGUGUGCUUGGGGUUUUGGAAGUGCAAGGUCGGAGGAGGAGCUCGAAGGAAGCUUAACGGGGUGUUAGAUUGACCAUGCUGGUGUACACUAGCGCGACGCGCCGUCCCUGCCGACUUCCCGGUGCGUGGAGGAGGCCUUGGGAGGAUUUGCACACUGACCACCUUGCGAAAACAAAGUUCUCCAUGGCACGUUAGACUCGCUGUUGAUAGUGCACGCAUGUGAGCUGUAUGAAAACCGCGCUAAGGUUUCAGGAAUCAUUGACUGUAGGCAGGUUUGGGUAGACUCCGGAAUAUUUUAGGUCGCUCCAGACGGUGAAUUCUGGGAUAUUAUUAGGGGGAUUUUUUGCGAUGGAAGAGUCAGACUCGCUCACGAAGAUGGCGAAGGCUUCACGAGGUGCCAAUAUAUCACCAAAGCAAGACAAAAAGAAGCAAGUAUGCCAGAAGAUUCUGCGGCAGCUUGCCGACAAUGAACAUGAGGCUGCUCAGAAACCUGAGUUUGUAGAAGAGCUUCAGGCCCACUUCAACCGUUUGCCAACCAGAUAUGCGUUAGACGUCCAUGUGGACAGAGCGGAGGAUGUUCUAACGCACAAACGGCUACUUGAGGAAGCCAAAGUUCCAGAGAAGAGGCCCGUGUUUCACGUACGAGCUGUUCAAGUUCUUCCAGUUGAAUCUCAGGAUGAGCCACCGAGCCCAUCAGACCAUAGCACACUAUCGAAAUUCAGAUUAGCGCCUCCAGUGUUUGGAUCCUCGGCGAAUUUAGAAGCUCUUGCAAUGGAUUUCAACAGUAAAUCUGUGGUUCACGGCGAAGAGAGCGAUGACAGCCACCACUCCGAGAGUGCGAGUCACCUGCAAAUACCCAUGCAUGAAAUUACUUUCUCCACGAUUGACAAGCCGAAGCUUCUCAGUCAGAUGUCUGCUUUGCUCGCGGAUGUGGGGCUCAAUAUUCGUGAGGCACAUGUAUUUUCAACUACAGAUGGCUACUCCCUUGACGUGUUUGUGGUCGACGGCUGGCCAUCAGAGGACACUCAUGAUCUGAGACGAGCACUUUUCAGUGCACUAUCAGCAAUGGAGGAAGGAGUUUGGUUGAAAACUCCUGCAGCAACAGAGUCUCCAUCAUCACCAUCGUUGCAAAAUGGUGGGCAGAACGGUACACCGAGUUCGUCUAGGACCAGCGUGGAUGACUGGGAGAUUGACAGUACCCAACUUAAAUGCAACAAUAAAGUAGCCAGUGGCUCUUUCGGAGACUUGUACCGAGGCACCUACUGCGGACAAGACGUAGCCAUUAAGAUUCUCAAACCGGAGCGCUUGAACGAGAACCUCCAACGAGAAUUUCAACAAGAAGUGUUUAUCAUGCGAAAGGUUAGACAUAAGAAUGUGGUUCAGUUCAUCGGUGCUUGCACCAUGCCUCCCAAUUUGUGCAUCGUUACCGAGUUUAUGUCAGGUGGGAGUGUAUACGACUACUUGCGCAAACAGAAAGUACUCUUGAAAAUGCCAAUGCUGCUUCGAGUGGCCAUUGAUGCCUCCAAAGGAAUGGAUUAUCUCCAUCAGAACAGCAUCAUUCACCGAGAUCUCAAGGCUGCUAAUCUCCUCUUGGACGAGAACGAAGUGGUCAAGGUAGCCGAUUUCGGAGUUGCAAGGGUGCAAUCCCAGUCAGGUAUCAUGACGGCAGAAACCGGCACAUACCGUUGGAUGGCACCUGAGAUUAUUGAGCACAAGCCAUAUGACAAGAAGGCUGAUGUGUUCAGCUUCGGAAUUGUGCUCUGGGAGCUUUUAACUGGAAAGGUUCCUUACGCAGAUAUGACUCCACUUCAAGCUGCCGUGGGGGUUGUACAGAAGGGCUUGCGACCUACUAUGCCUAGGAACAUUCCUGCAAAGCUGGUGGAUCUUUUGCAACGUUGUUGGAAGACUGACCCAUCAGAGCGCCCCGGAUUUUCUGAAACUACUGUGAUUCUACAAGAGAUUCUUAAAGAGGUGAAUGAAGAGUUGGACAAUGAGAGUAAGCAGCCCAGGGACAAAAAGUCGAGUGGGUUGUUUUCCUCCUUCAAACGCUCCAUUGUUAGUAAAUAGCAAUUUUGAUAGUUCUUUAGGGUUUGUUUGUGGCAGGAGAGUUCUAGGUUGCUCUAGUGAAUCCCUUCUUUUAAAUUCCUUAGUACUCUUUACAGGGCAUCGCCUCUAGAUUUGGUGGAUACACUUUUGUUUCGACCUCCUUUAAAGUCAUUGUGGCUAUGCAAUAUUUAUAUACAAAGUAGAUGGCAUUUAAUUUAAUAUAAAAAUAUUUUAAUCAA